GAAACCUGCAGCAGGCUGCCUCCCAGCACAUUUGCGGCUCUACUCAACUUGGCACAGCCUGCCUUUUUUUCGAAGAAAAAAAACCAAAACACACACUCUCUCUCUUUUUCUCACGCACGCACACACACAGCCACACACGCGCGCACAUACGCACGCCUCACCGUGGGAGAGCUCAGAUAAAGAGUACACACACCACUAUACCAUAUCAGCCAGUGACUAACGGGGAGCCAGAGGGGAGUGCAGAAAUGAAUGUGAAGAUCCUGACGCUAGUGAUUGUGCUGUUGCUGUCUCUGCUGUGUUCUGCUAGUGCCGGGCCCAUGGCUUCCAGGGAGCAGGGCAGGGGAGCGGAGGAAGGGGGCACCGUGAGGAGGCUGGUGCAGCAGAACCCUGCCAGGGGCAGCCAGAGCCACCGGCCAGCCGGCUGGAAGCGGAGACGCCCCCGACCCCGCCUCUCUCACAAGGGGCCGAUGCCGUUCUAGAGAAGGCACUGCUGCGGCUGCCCUCCCCCAGGUCUUGAUUUUCUGUGCUCUUCCUUUUGUCGAUGGGGGAGCUUUGCAGUGGGGGCCUAUUAAGCUACCCCAGCCCGAGGAGGGAUGUCCACAACGGCCUCCUCCUUCUUCUAGCAACUCUUUGUCUGUCCAGCAAACAGGACAAGCCGCUCACCCACAGCUCAGCAAAGGAUCGGAGGGUCGGGGAGGGGUUUCGUUUUGAACCCGGGCUGACAGAUUCCCCCCUCCCUCUCUCUCUCUCCCUCUCUCUCUAUAUCUCUCUCUCUUACUGUCCCCCCUUACCUUCUCGCUGUGUUUUUCCACCUCGCUUCCUAGAGCCCUUACAUCACCAGCCCCCUACGUCACACACUUUUUUGCAUGACGUGUGGUCGCCGGGGAGCUCGGUCCCAAACAGUCUUAGUCUUAAAACGCCAGACAGUCUUCAUAAGUGUGGUAUUCCCAUUCUCUCCGAAUUCAAAAGCAGUCACGGCCGUGCGCCGUCCGCUUAUCGCCGUGCGGCUAAUUCUGGCUUAAGGAGUGGAAGAGGUGGUGGAAGCUUUGGGGUGGAACGGAGCAGGUCACCUGUAGGCAACUGUGAGGCUUGUCCGACACUUAUUUUAAUGUCUAAAUACUGCAUCUCAUUCAAAGCCAGAUCAACAGCUUUCAACGAAAAACGCUACUUGACAUGCAAAUGUCAAUCUGAAAUAUAUCUUUUAGAGGUAUUUACCUAUUAGAAUUACUGCUGUUUUUAACUGUAGUCAGAUGUCAGGUAAAUUCACAUUGAUAGUCCUCGUCAGUUCCACUGCGCCAUCUGAACCAGUACAUGUACAGUAAUAUAGGAGUAGAAAUUCUGCUUUAUUCUGUCAUUGUUCAUUUGUUCAGAACAUGCUUUGAUCCAAAGUGACUCACAAAUCACAGAACCCAUUAAACACCUGGGGGAGGGUUCCUCGUGCAUACCUGUAUCUUGCUGAAGGGUAAGGCAGCAGUUUCCCACCCGGGACAAUGAUUCCCAAAAACUUUACCCUCACCUCCUCUCCACACCCCAGCCCAGAGCAGCUGCUCUACACGACUGUUAACUGGCCAGGGUGGUCUGCCCUGACUGCAGACUUCCUCUCCUUUUAAUGAAGUGCCAAAUAACAAUAUACUCCACCAUGCUGCCAGGAAAAAGACUGGUUACCUCUUAUUUUAAGUCUCAAAACACUGACACAUAUGCAUUAAGACACAUGUUAUAAAUCUCCUUGAAAGGCAGUAGUAGCAAUCUACAAAUGAACACACACACACACACACACACACAAAGGAGGACAGUUCGAAGGAAUUAGACCAAAAAAAAAAAAACCCAAUUUCAAGCAGUCACUUGAGACUAGCGCGAUAACUAAGCCACUGGGUCCAGCCUUCCCACAGUGCACUCUUCUCUGAACUGCUGGCAUGAGGCUGGAGUCAACCCUCAGUAGAAUGGACAGAGACCUUUCAUUGAUGGAUGCUAUGCCUUUUACAUUAUACUGGAAUAUGUUACUGUUUUGUUGAGUUAAAUUUUUUUUUUCCUCAGGGUGCUGUGAUAGAAGCCUAUACCAGAGCAAAUGUCUACUCUGUGCAUUUAUUUAAGCAACACAAAAAAAAUAUUUACCUGUACAUAUAUAUAUAUAAAUAUAUAUACCUAUACUGUAUAUCUCCCUGCCUAUGUAUGCACCACUAGCUUUGUGCCCAGAUACGGUCCUUGCUAUCCAAUCUUAUUGCCUCUGUCAGGAGCGGUUUACAUUUAGUUUGCAGCUUCCAUUGUAGAGGUGGUCAUGGCUUUGAUCAUUACGGUCAUUAAAUUCAACAGCAUGAUCUCUCUCUCUCUCGUUUGGGCCUCCCAGAAGGUGCCCAGGGGCAUCCACGUUCUGAACUCAUUGCAAAAUUGACUUUACAAUGGAGUCACGCCCUCUGUCUACCACUGGUUUAUACAACCUGUUUGGCCUUUUUAAAACAAAUGUUUCCAACCUGUAGAUCAAAUGCCACGCAAUCAGCAUUCUGGGUUGCGUUGUCUAGAUAGGUGAGUUCAGCUCCACUCGACUUCUAACGGGGAGAUCUUACGACACCCUACUUAAUGGAUCGUAGCCACAGGAAAGCUGUAGUUGUAGGAGAAGCUGGCUAAAAUGUAGACUUUCCCAUUUUCCUACUCCCAUUUUGCUAUUAUAUUUCUUUCUGUAAAAAAACACUCUCCAGCCCCUCAGCCCCCCAGCAUGAGUGGCUCUUAAUAAGAGUGGUAAUGCACCCAGCCAAGCUCAACCUGAUUAAAAAUGUAUUAAAUCUUAGGGGCAAACUGAAUACUAAUAAAUUCAGCUGCACUAUCAUUAUUUAAUUCAUCUUCAGACAGAGAUGUGGAUUUCAUUACUAUUUUUUUAUACAGUAGACAAUUUUAUUUUCCUCACCCUACCCAAUAGUGGGGGAAAUCUGGGGCAAUAUCGUGUAGUUGUCCCUUCACGGAGGAUGAUUGGGAAGAGGGUUUUGGUUCUGUGAGAGGUUUUCUGGAAGUAACUGGUCAAGUGUCGGCCAAUUUUCUGUAUCCACACUGUGCUUCAUGAAUGUAUCUCCACCCCCUGCGUCGGUCAAGCUACCCAUCCAGAGAGCUGAAGCCAGGCAAUGGCAUUGUUUAAAACAAAACGUCUUAUCCUCCCAAAAAAUGUCCCAUUCAGUGUUACCAAACUCUGGCGAUGGUUAUCUUCAGAGCCACAAUCCAAAGCCAAAUAUAUAUAUAUAUAUAUAUAUAUAUAUUAACAUCCAAAGCUUUGGCCAAACUUCAAAGCUUCCCCAACCUAAUGUUCCUGAGUGGCACUAACUUAACACAUUGAUUUAGAGUGCGUAUUCCUUGGGGUGUGUACUCCCCCAACCCAACCCCCCACCCCACGCACCCCCAAAAAAACCAUUUGGCUACUGCUGCAACAUUUCUCUGAACGGGCCUGCAAGGCUGCACUUUCGCAAUUCCAUUAUGCUGCUGAGAAAAUAUAUCCUCAAAAACAAGAGUCUCUUGGUAUGUGAUGGGUUUCCAUUGUAUGGUGAUUAUUUCUGUCUGAAACGUGUUUAGCUGGUUGUUCAAAGCCACUCCAAAUACAGAGUGGGCAGCUGUAUUUUUUUGUGAUAGUAAAGGUGUGUAAAUCAGCCUUUCACUGUUGUUCGAUGCAACCCACAGUGCCCCCCGUCAGUGCUUCAGGUUAACGGGCCGUGGCAUUAAAAGGACAAAUGCGUCCAAACCUAAGAUGGCAAGCCAAUACAUUACGCUCAAAAAGCAGAGCCAUUUUGUUGUGGCUUUUUUCACGAUAAAAACUUACAACAGAGAAACAGCCUGCUGUUUUCUUCUCUCUUUUUCUUUUCAUUUUGUUCUCUCGUCUUCAUUAGAUCAGAAGACCUGAGCAAUGUUCCUAUGCACUUGCAAGCUUGUCUCACUAGUAUUACAUGUUAUGUUAUGUUUUUUGAAGAGCUGACGAUUUCUGUCACUUAGCUCUCAUUCGCUUUUGACCGUGCGUGUAUCUGGCUGGACACGCGAUGAGUGGGAAUGAGAGAGGGGGAAAAAAAGACGCAUAAUUAGAAUUGACUGGAGAGGGAAAGAGAGUUGUAGGCAAACACGAUUGACAGAGCGGUUUGGCAGAGGCGUGGGUCUGGGUUUGCUUAAUGCAGCGGCCACAGAUACAUCACCCCCCGAGAGUCAAUGAAAACAGCUUCUGCUUUUCAUCUCGGGUUGAGCCGUCACCCGAAAUUUGCUCCCCCGUCACUUACAUUCCCCACUUCUUAAGCAACACCAGGGCUGCAUUUAAUCAAUAUAUAAGGGAGGGGG